AUGGCUCCCGGACGCACAAUAAAGAGGAGACGAUUGAGUCCUCCCGAUGAUGAGGACAAUUCUUCUUCGCGGCCUGCCCGCGAUUCGGCUUUGAACGAUUUUCACAAUAGUGCAGCCGAAUGGGACCUGGAACAAGACUACGAGCGCCAACCACGCAAAUUGAGCAAAAAGCGCAAGGAAAAUAAUCGGCUGCCUAUCAAGACAGCAGAGGGCUUUCAGGCCGUUGAAGAGUCCGAAGCAGAGGCUGAGGAAUCCGAUAGCUUUCUGGGUACUGAUGAUGACGAAGACGACGAUGCGGACGAUGACGAGGAGAUGGACGACGAUGAAGAAGCCGAGGAAAAACCGAAGAUUCCCUUGAAGCUGCAAAUAAUCCAGGCCAAGGAGGAACUGGCACGGCUUGCGACUUAUAUCAAUGAGGACCCGGAGGAGCACAUCUCGUCUUUCAAGACAAUGGCUGAUAUGGUAGAGAACGGCGAACAUGUUGCGAUUAAGAAAUUGGCACUCGCUUCGCAGGCUGCCGUCUACAAGGAUGUGAUUCCUGGGUAUAGGAUCCGCCCUCUUAGCGAAGAAGACAUGUCUGCGAAGAUCUCGAAAGACGUGCGCAAGCUGAGGGCGUUUGAACAGUCGCUCUUAUCGGGAUACAAACACUACGUUCAGAAAUUAUCGGAUCUUACAAAGUCCUCCAAGAGGGGGGAGAACACGGCUGUAGACCCGAGUCUCAAGAGCCUUGCGAUCAACUGCGCCUGCAAUCUCCUCCUUUCUGUACCUCACUUUAACUUCCGUGGAGAGCUGCUGAAGAUCCUCGUGAACCGUCUUGCCAGGAGGCAGAUCGAUGUUGAUUUCAUCAAAUGUCGAGAGACAAUGGAGGAGGUCUUUUCUAGAGAUGAAGACGGUGUUGUUUCUUUGGAAGCUGUUCGCUUGCUCACAAAAAUGAUGAAAGCGAAGGAUUUCAGGAUUCACGAAAGUGUGUUGAAUACCUUCCUCCAUCUGCGCCUGCUUUCUGAGUUCUCUUCCAAGGGUUCGAGGGAUAGAAUCGACCGUGAGCCAGAAGAAGAGGACAACACCCUUCGUGGUAAGAAAAUGAAACAGAAGCGCGAGUUCCGCACCAAGCGGGAGCGUAAGCUGCAAAAGGAGAGAAAUGCUGUGGAGAAGGAUAUGAGGCAGGCAGACGCUCUGGUCUCGCAUGAGGAAAGAGAUAAGAAUCAAGCCGAGUCUCUUAAGCUUGUCUUUGCCACAUACUUCCGCAUCCUGAAACUCCGCAUCCCCAAUCUUAUGGGACCCGUUCUGGAGGGUCUUGCCAAAUAUGCCCAUUUGAUCAACCAAGACUUUUUUGGUGACUUGCUUGAGGCUCUGAAAGACCUAAUCGGGCAUGCCGAUAAGUCUGAGGUUGGAGAGGAUGAGGAAGAAGAAGAAGCCAAUGAGACGGAAACCGCUACACGGGACGCUCAGCGCGAGGCUCUUCUCUGCACCAUCACGGCCUUUGCCCUCCUGGAAGGACAAGACGUCAGCAAAGCGGCAGCAUCACUUCACCUCGAUCUUAGUUUCUUCGUCAAGCACCUCUAUCGCUCCCUCUACUCCAUCUCCGUCAACCCUGAAAUCGAGUUCAACCCUACUAAAUCCCUCCGACUCCCCGAUCCCAACUCGUCCGAAGCAGAUGGCUCGAUGCCAUCGCAGAACGCAAAAAACAAAGUCAACUUCCAGACACCUACCGUCCUCCUCCUUCGCUGUCUCCAAUUUACACUCCUGUCUCGCGCACAUGGAACACCUCCCCCACUCCGGCUUGCCAGCUUCACCAAACGCCUAUUGACAUCAUCGCUCCAGGUUCCUGAGAAGUCUGCUCUUGCUACACUGUCUCUGUUGAACCAGGUAGCCAAACAUCAUGUGCGUCGAAUUGCGCCACUGUGGCACAGCGAGGAGCGAAGAGGUGAUGGAGUAUUCAAUCCGUUUGCAACCGAUAUUGAGACAACCAAUGUCUUUGCGGGAACAGUGUGGGAAGGCGAAUUGCUGCGGCUUCACUACUGUCCUCAAGUGAGGACUGUGGCAGCGGACAUCGAAAAGAUGGUCGCAACUCAGAAUUAG